AUGUUAGUAGAAGUAAAGAGAGAGAGGAACCCAUAUUGCGGAGACUUAUUCACACUAAGGACAGAGCAGGGCAUGUACCCGACAUACGAUGCAAUUAUGAAAACUAUUGACACGAGUGUGCCAAAACCAAAAGUGAGAAAACGUCGUAGCCCAAAAGUAAAGAGAUUGAAUUCAAGUAGAAGUUAUAGUCCUGCAUCUAGUAUUGCUUCAAGUCAAGGAGAAAUGGCCAUCAGCCAAGAGAGUUGCCAUACAGUGCAUGAAUGCUGUGGUUGCAAGAAGAAGAUCCAUGAUCGCUACUUGUUGAAGACAAUGGACGAAUACUGGCACGAAGAUUGCCUCAAAUGUUCAUGUUGCGACUGUCGACUCGGAGAAGUGGGAUCUACGUUAUUCACAAAAGCUAAUCUAAUGCUUUGUAGAAGAGAUUAUUUAAGAUUAUUUGGAUCAACUGGCUAUUGUUCAGCAUGUAACAAGAUGAUUCCAGCAUUUGAAAUGGUAAUGAGGGCCAAAGGGAAUGUGUACCACCUGGAAUGCUUUGCCUGUCAACAGUGUAAUCACAGGUUUUGUGUUGGCGAUAAAUUUUAUUUGUGUGACAAUAAAAUAUUAUGUGAAUAUGACUAUGAGGAACGGAUGGUAUUCGCCAGUAUGUCAUAUAACUAUAAUGCCUUGGCCCAGAUUAAGAGGCAAGCCCAGUGUCUGAGUGAUGAUAUGUCUAGUGGAUAUGGGAGUCCUAGUCCAGGAUCGUUAACAUAGAGGGAGCCAAAUGUAAUUCUAGUUCUUGUGCCCUUUUAAAGAUGGCAGUGCAAUAGGAUCCAGCAGACGACAUUGACAGAGCCUGGGUCAUUGGAUGAAAGAGAAAGCUGCCAAGAAGUCAACAUCUGCAACAAUAUAUGUCCAGU